AGUGUAAUUGGUAAUAAAGCUUGUUGUGCAAGCAUUGUUUGCUUAGUUUACUUUCAGCUGACUUAUUCAUUAAAACAGUGUUUAAAUUUGUUCAUCAAUAAAGUAAAAAACGUAAAUUUUUCCCGUUCGCAUGGCUAAUGCCUGUGUUUUAAAUAAAGUCAAUAAAAGAAUGCUGACCAGCAGCAGCAGCAGCAGCUGUGAGUCAGGAGACUCAUCUACGAAUUCAUCAAGUGAUAGUGACAGUUCCGAUGAUGAACCAAAACGAGCUACAUAUCAUGAAUGGAGAUCAUAUUUAAUGAAGAUGGAAGUUCCUUUCCGAACUGAUGUUCAAACAACUAAUGUUCACAGAAAUGGUACAACAUCUCAUAAUUCUUACAGAGCGGGUGGUGAAACAACUAAUCUUCACAGAAAUGGUACAUCAACUCAUACUUCACACAGAACGGAAGCACCAACUCGAAGUCCUUACAGAGCUGUUGUCUCAACUCAUAAUUCUAACAGAACGGAUCCACCAACUCCUAGUCCUUAUAGAAAUGGUACAACUCCUAACCCUUACAGAACUGAUGGACAAACAGCUAAUCUUCAAAGAAAUGGUACAGCUCCUAAUCCUUACAGAACUGAUGGACAAACAGCUAAUCCUCACAGAAAUGGUACAACAACAUCCAAUUCUCACAAAAAUGGUGCACCAACUCCGGGUCCAAUCCAAACCACUCAAAAUACUCAAUCAGUUCUUAACCGUAUCAAAGCUACUUCAGCAGCUAUAAAUCCUAUCAGAACUGUUACUCCAGCUCAUACUAGAACUAUUACGUCAGCUCCUAAUGUCACAACUGUUUCUUCUCCUAUUUCUCGUUCUAAACCUACUACACUAGUUCCUAAGUAUAUCAGAACUGUUCAAGCCAUUAAAAACGUCAAUACUGUUCCUCCAACUUCUAAAGGUAUCCAAACUGUUACACCAGAAUUAUCUGCUAGUUUGAGAUCAAUUUAUGAAACUUUCUGGUCACUCAAUUCAGCCGCCAAACUCAUCCAUGUUAAAUCCCAGUUGGAUGAACCGUCUAAAAUUUAUGUACAUAAAUUGAUCAAAGCUCAUUCAAAUCUGGUCCAAGAAAAUAGUCGUUUGAAAAAGGAAAAGCAAGAUUUAAUCAAUGUUAUCAAAAAGAUAGGAAUAGCUAUCAACAAUGAAACGAUUGCGAAUCUUAUAGACCCCGCAAGAUCUACUCAACCAAAAAAUAGCUAAUCUAAUCACCUAAAGUUUUUAUCACCCCAAGUGUUCUUCAUGAUCAUUCAACAUGUACAAAAUUUUAAACUUCUGUUAUUGUACUUUCCGAUUCUAAAAAUAUCAUGUCUCACUAUUUACACCAUAGUGAAAAUAUUUAUUCAGUUAAAUUCAUUAAUUUCUAAUUCCAUAACUACCAUCUGUUCAUUUUUAAUAUUGUAUGCACUUCAAGCUUUCCAAAGUGAUGUAAAUAUACUUACAAAUGAUAAAUUUUAACUAAAUGACUCAUUAUUCCACGACUUUGACUGAUUCACAAUUCGCGCCUGAUUCUGUAAGUGUUUUAUUAAAUGCUUUUUAAAUC